AUGAGUAGCAAGAAGAACACUAAGAAAGUCUCUGAUAGCGAGGACGAUGAUUUUGAAGAGGAAGAAGAUGAAUCAGAAGGUUCAGGAGAGGAGGAUUCCGCUGAAAAUAGUGUCAAAGAAGAAGAAGAUGAAGAAGAAGAAGAAAACGGUGAUAAUGAAAUUAAAGAGGAAGAUAACGCAGAUACAAAAAUAGAAGUUAAGGAUGAAAAUGAAGAUGAUGAAGAAGAAGAAGAAUUUAAACCUUCGAUUAAUGGCAAUAAAAGAAAGAACGAUACACCUGUUGAAAAGGCAGCAGGAUUGUCAAAUGCUAAAUAAGUGAAAACAUCUGGCGGUGAUGCAGUUAAGAAACCAGUGUAAAAGUAACAAGACAGUGAUGAUGAAGACGAUGAAAACAGUGAUAUUAAAUGGAAAUAUUUAGAGCAUCACGGAGUGCUAUUCCCCGAUUAUUGGUAAAAGCAUAAUGUAAGACCUAGGUAUGAUGGAAAACCUAUUGAUUUAAAUCUCUUGUAAGAAGAAAUGGCUACUUAUUGGUCAUAAACUUUAGGAACAGAUUGGGAACAUAAACCUAAGUACAGAGAGAAUUUUUCAAAACAAUUCCUCGAUACCUUUGGUAAGGAUAAAGGUAAAUAUGACUUUGAUAAGUUCGACUUCACUCCUAUAAAAAUACAUCUUGAAGAGCAAAAAGAAAUCCGUAAAAAUCGCUCCAAAGAAGAAAAAAAUCAAGAAAAGUAGAAAAAAGAAAGGCUUUCUGAUUAUUAUGCUGGCGCAAUUCUAGACGGAUUUAGAGAAAAAGUAGGAUAAUUCAUGAUUGAACCUCCAACUCUCUUUAAAGGUAGAGGUGAACAUCCAAAAAUGGGUAUGAUGAAAGGUCGUAUUUAACCAGAAGCUGUUGUUAUUAAUAUCUCAAAAGAUGCACCUGUCCCAAAAUGUUCAGUUCCUGGUCAUGGUUGGAGUGAAAUAGUCCACAAACAAGAUGUUACUUGGUUAGCAAGCUACAAGGAUGAUUCUGUAAAGAAGCAACAUAAAUAUAUCUUCUUAUCUGCUGAAAGUAAGCUUAAGGCAGAAAAUGAUAAAAAGAAAUACGAAAAAGCAAGACGUCUUAAAAAUUUAAUUGGAUAGAUUCGUGAAAAUUACGAGAGAAAAUUAAGAAGUAGUGAUCCUGUUGAUAGAUAAUUAGGUACUGCUACUUACUUGAUUGAUAAGUUAGCACUCAGAGUUGGUAAUGAAAAAUCAGAAGAAGAAGCAGAUACUGUCGGUUGCUGCUCUUUGAGAGUUGAGCAUAUUUAAGUUAUAGAAGAUACCUAGAUUGGAUUCGAUUUCUUAGGUAAGGAUUCUAUGAGAUAUCAAAAUACUGUAAAAGUUACUGAGAUUGUUUGGAAAAAUAUGUAGUCUUUUAUCAAGAAUAAAAAACCUGGUGAUGAUUUAUUCGAUAGAAUUGAUGCAAGUAGCCUAAAUGAAUAUUUAAAGAGUUAGAUGGAAGGUUUGACAGCAAAAGUUUUUAGAACUUAUAAUGCUUCUCACACUCUUUAAAAAGAAUUAGACAAGGCUGAUGAAGAAGGCCUUGAUAAGAUGGAUUUAAAAGAUAAACUUAAUUUUUAUGAUGAAGCUAACAGAAAUGUUGCCAUUCUUUGUAACCAUCAAAAAACAGUAGGCAAAAACUUUGAUGUAAUGGUUGGAAAAAUGGAACAAAGAAUUAAUGUUUAUAAAGAUUAUGAAAAGGAAUUACAUACUCAUUUAAACAAAUGCAAAAAGAAUGGAGUCAAUGCUUAUGAAAAAGAAGUUAUCUUAGAAGAAAAGGAUGAUGGAAAACAUAAAAUGUUUGUUAAAAAGUUCCCUGGAACAAAGGAAAAAAUUUAAGAAGCUAUUGAAAAAAUUAAAAAGAAGAUAGACGAAGAAUAAAAUAAAAAAUAAUCUAAAGAGAAGAACAAAGAAAUUGCCUUAGGUACUUCUAAAACAAAUUACAACGAUCCUAGAAUAUCUGUUGUUUGGUGUAAAAAGUGGGAAGUUCCUGUAGAAAAAGUUUUCCCUAAAACUCUCAUUGCUAAGUUCGUUUGGGCUAUGGAUACAGAUUUAGAGUGGUCAUUCUGA